AUGGAGAUCAGUUUUCCACCUAUGGCUAUGAACAAGACACAGAAAACGCCACCAACAAAUGUAUGUAUAAAAAUCAGAAUCAUAUUUUGCAAAAAUGUUCAUUCCUAGAUAAUCUUUGCGUGAAAUAUCUGGAUUGCAGUCCUUCCUUUCUUUAAUAAUUUUGACAAUAACCAAUGUUCCAUUGUUUUUUGUUUCAAAAUUUAUAGGCUCCAGCGAAGACUAAUGUUACGAACACCAGUGCUGUCAAUGCUACAACACUUCCACCAACUGCCGUCAACGAUACACCAUCAUCUUCGCCUUUGUCGUACUUCGAAGGAGGUAAUGGCAAGCAAGAAUUAUGCCCAGGAUCUGGUGUUUUUAUCCCCACGAUCAAGCUUCGCCAAUGCCAUCACAAAUCAGGAUCAGACUUAAAGGUGCUGUUCCAUUGCUUGAUAGAACACUUUUUCUCUGAGGAAACACUGGCGAUGUCUGUUGCUUUUGGAAAUCGGGUGCUUCCAACGGGUAAACAAGUACUAGAUCCGAAUAUCGUUUCAGCAAUCAAAGGUACUUCUAAUUUAAACACGUUUAGUAUAUAAAUUAAUGUAAUUAAUAUUAAUACAAAGAACGCGCACCGAACGCGCUACAGUUCAGUCAAGAUUUGAGUAAUAUUUCGAUUUUCGGAAUUUUCCUUUGUUAAAUUAUAUUAUUGUACCAAAUAAAUGUUAUGAUUUAUGUCUUUAAUUACUCAAGUCGGGAGUGCACUGUCAAUUUCGGAAUAGCUGGAUGUUACCAUGCCAAGAUUGCACGAAAUGCAUCCUAAUCGAUACGUAUACUUAAUACUAUUCUUUUAUUUACAGGAUACUUGCUGGCUUCAGCAAAAAUAUUCCACGUGGCCCCGUUGGAAAGCAUAAAGUUGAACAAAAUGUUCACAAACAAGUGUACGUGUGCACAAACAAAGCUGAAAAAGAAGUUGAUGGCGUUCCCAACAAAGACAAAGUAG